AUGGAAAUCACACCAAGCAAUAUUCAUCAGUCAACAAGAUCCAGAUCUCGUUCUAGAACAAGAAACUCGACAGCAAACUCAAGAUCGACUUCUUCGUCCAGAAGACCAUCUUUGGGUCCUCACAGAAGAUCACUUUCAUCGUCGUCGUUGAAUAAACUCGUGGUCAAGUCCACCCAGAUUGAAUCUCAAGAGAAGGCAAUUCCAACAACCACAGCCACUUUAGAUAACUCUUUACCAAUUGAUUUUUUCAAGCAAGAUUUGAUCACACUUAUCAAAGCUUUGAAAAUCCUGAAAUGGCAUAAACAGCCCUUGGAGAAAUUGUAUCUUUCUAUUAAUCGUAUAUCAGGUGCCCUCACCAAUUCCAUUUAUAAACUAGAAUACAAAGACCACUCCAACGGGUUGGUAUUACCUGCACUUUUACUUAGAGUUUACGGGAAAAACGUUGAUUCCAUCAUUGAUAGAGAAAGUGAAUUGAAAACCUUGAUCAAAUUAUCUCAGAAGAAAAUUGGUCCAAGGUUAUUGGGGAUCUUCGCCAAUGGUAGAUUUGAACAAUUUUUAGAAGGUUACAUCACCUUAAAUAAAGAUCAAAUUAGAGAUGAAGUUAUCAGUCAAAUGAUUGGUAGAAGAAUGAAGGAAUUGCACUACAAGAUAAGUUUGGAACCAGAAGAAUUAGAAAGUGAUUUACCCAUGAGUUGGAAAUGGAUUCAUAAAUGGUUAGAUUUAUUAGAGGAACAAUUAUUGGAAGCCAAGACUAUUGACCCUAAUUUUAAUGAAGAGGAUGUGUUUUUCAUGCCUUUUGCUAAAUUUGUUGAUCUCAUUGAAACAUACAGGGAAUGGCUAUUUGACAAGUAUGACAGAAGAAAUUUUGCAGACAACUAUAGAUUUUGUCAUAAUGAUACUCAAUAUGGUAAUUUAUUGUUACAUGAAUCUUUCAACCCCAACGAGAUUGUACUUGAUAGAUCUGGAUCCGAAUCCCAAUCUAAAACAAACUCGAGAGCUGAUCUUACCGAGUUGUCGAGCGCCGCAUCAUCAUCCACUAAACUUUCAGCAGCCGCGAGCAAUGCGGCGCCAAGUGGUGCAACUUUGGUGACUUCAGCUUCAUUGACUGACCUCAAGUCAACUACCAACAAGAAGGAUACUUCACUUGCGGUGAUUGAUUUCGAAUACUCUGGUUGUAGUUUUGCGGCCCUCGAUCUUGUAAAUCAUUUUUCCGAAUGGAUGGCAAAUUAUCAUGACCCUGAAAGAUCUUAUUACAUCGAGGAACAAAACUACCCUAACAAAAUACAGCAAAUUAACUUUAUUAAAUCCUACAUUGAAUAUGAUUUCCAGUUCCCUUCAUCCAAUCUUAAGAUAAGCCAUCUGGGGGAUAUUUCUAGACUCUCUGCAACCGAUUUAAUUGAACUCGAAAUCAAAAAACUUUACAAUGAAUGUAUCCUAUGGAGAUCUACAGUUCAGUUCUUCUGGGCAUUGUGGGGGUUGAUUCAAAACGGACCAUUUGUCAAUAAAGGCAAUGUUCCUGCACUGCAGGAAGAAGUUGGAAUUGAUGGGAAAUAUAGCAUUACCACCGAAUUGGAAAACCUUCAGGUGGACGAUGAUGGUCACGUGGAAGAUAUAACUUCAUCAGAUGAUGAGUUUGAGUACUUGAAAUAUUCUCAGCAAAAGAUUGCUUUAAUAUUAGGUGAUUUGAUUCAGUUCGGUUUAUUUUCCAAGUCUGAUCUUUCAGAAGAGAAUCUUGCAAAGGUAAAAUGGUUGGAUGUUAACUUGUUUGAUGUGUAG